AUGAGAGCACUCAAACAAGCGUUAAAUCUUUCUGUGAUGAUAUCGGGUUACUCAUCGUUGCAGAAAACACUGGUAUUAUCAUCGGCUUCAUCCUCACUCCGUAGUUCAUGUAUUCAUACACAAAUGAAUGCAUCAAAAUUUUCAAUCCAUUCUAUGAAUGAUAGUAGUUAUUAUUUCAAUAAUUUAUUUCUCAACAAUGGUCGUCAUCGGAAUCAUCCAUCCUCAUUACUGACAGCAUCAACAACAUCAACCUUGGAAAACUCGAGUAGUAGAAAUUAUCAUACCUCUCAAACCCGAUAUGGUUUAUUCUCAAACCUCACUUCAAACAUGUCCAAUGCUUUUAGUUCCCUCUUAAAAAAGAAAACUCUUACCAAGGAAGAUGUUGAAGAGGCUAUGCAAAAAGUGAGAGUAGCAUUAUUGGAUGCGGAUGUUGCUGAAUCUGUAGUUACAUCGUUCAUCAAGGAAGUUACUGAAGAUGCUAUCGGCGUUGCAAUUGUUCAAGCACAGGAACCUCAGUUAUCGUCAUCGGAAGCAGGCGGAAAGAUUGCCAAGACUAUUUCUCGUAUUGCCAAAUGGCUAGGACCAAAUCAAAAAGCAGAGGAAUUACCAAAAUCUGCCACUGUUUAUUUGUUGGUUAUGGAUCGAUUGUCGGAAUUGUUAGGGGGUCAUAUUGAACCAUUGCAAUUGAACAAAGCAAGCGAACAACGAUCAGUCAUUAUGGUCACUGGUAUUCAAGGUUCUGGUAAAACGACUACGAGUGCCAAGUUAGCUCUUCAACUGAAAAGAAAAGAAAAUAGAAAAGUUUUGUUGGUAUCGUUGGACACGUAUCGUCCUGCUGCUCAAACUCAGCUCGAAACUCUUGCUCGCCAAAUUCAAGUGGAAUCUUUGCCAAUCAUUGCGGGUCAAAUGCCUAUUGAAAUUGCACAAAGAGCCAUGCAAUAUGUAGGUCCAAACGGAGAACAUUUUGAUACUAUAAUUUUCGAUACAGCUGGUCGUAUGCAUAUCGACGAAGAACUCAUGAAAGAAUUGGAAGAAUUACGAAUAAUUGUGACACCUAAUGAAACCUUAUUGGUAGCUGACUCUAUGCUUGGUAAUGAUGCUGUGAACAUUGCAACUCAAUUUCAUGAUCGUGUUGGGCUCACAGGUAUUAUUCUUACACGAAUGGACGGUACAAGUAGUGGUGGUUGUGCAAUCAGUAUGAAAAAAGUGGUAGGAUUGAGUGUGAAAUAUAUCGGUGUGGGAGAGAAAAUGGAUGACCUGGAAAUUUUUGAUCCACAAAGUUUAGCAAAGAGAAUUUUAGGUGUUGGUGACAUUAUGACUCUUGCUAACAAAGCCAAAGAGGCUAUGAAUAUGGAUGCCUCUCAAGCACAAGCUAAAAUUGCUCAAUACAGUAAGGGUGCAUACACCUUUAAGGACUAUCUUGAGCACAUUAGUACAAUGAAAAAGAUGGGCUCUUUAAAGAAUAUGGCAAGCUAUCUUCCAGAAAGCAUGAUUGGAAAAUUUAGAGAAAGAUUGGACAGUAUGGAUUUAUCGUUCUUUGAUGCUCAUGAAGGAAUUAUCAGUCACAUGUCCGAACAAGAGAAAUUACAACCAUUGCUUUUGCAAUCCUCAAGUGCAAGAAGAUUAGAUUUAGCUAAAAAAGCUAAAGUAGACAUUACAGAGAUUAACAAAAUGCUGAAAAUGUUUGAAAAAAUCAAAAGUGUAAUGAGUAAGAUGGGUUCAACUGUCAUGAAGGACCCAAAGAAGGUUAGCGAACUCAUGAUGAAAGAUCCAACCUUACUCAUGGAUCUUGUACCACAAAAAGUCAAAAAGCAAGUGAUAAGGCCUCCAAAGAGAUAA